GCAGAUAUAUCCCAGAACACAAUUUGGUCAACAAAAAAGGUCUUUUAGUAGUGAAUACUUCAAAGAAUACCAGUGGUUAGAAUACAGUAUUAAAAAAAAUGCUGCGUUCUGUUUUCCUUGCAGAAUAUUUGGUGGAGCCAGUGUUAAUGAAGAUACUUGGACCAAAAAUGGAUUCAACAACUGGCAAAAAGCAAGUUAAAUAUUAUGUUUAUAUUGUAUUAUUGUAUUGCUUUAAUUAAUCAUUGUGUUAGGCAUUGAGCUUUAAUUUUUUUUAAUUUAUAUAAAUCAUAAAUUAUAAUUAAAUAAAAGUGCAAGUUAAAUUUAAAUACCUAUGAUGGAUUAAUAGUGUAAUUAUUAUUAUUAUUAUUUUAAUCAAAGUGUUGUAAUUAUUGUCUUAUAGCUGUGUGAACGAUUAAAAAAACACAAUAUUGCUCUUAGCCAUAUUACAUGUGUUACAAAAUUGUCAUCAUUUUAUUCAAGUAAAUCAAAAGGAUCUGUUGUAGCUCAAUUGUCAUCUGCACACAAAGAACAAAUUAGAAAAAAUCGUCUGUACAUUUCACAUCUAAUCGACAUAGUGUUGUUUUUAGGAAAACAAGGUGUUGCCUUUAGAGGGCAUUAUGAAAAUGAUGAAUCAAUUAAUCAAGGUAUAUUCUUCAUAAUAUUAUAAUAAAUAUUACUAAAGUUUAUAUUAUUAGUAGAUUUUGUGUUUUAGGAAAUUUUAAAGAGUUGUGCAAAUUGUAUGCUAAAUCUGUACCAGAUUUUGAAAAUAUGUAUUCUAAAGAUACUAAUUAUAGUAGUUGGAGAAUACAAAAUGAACUUAUUGAUAUUUGUGCCAGUUCCAUAAAAGAAAUCAUACUUAAUGAAAUUUCAACCACUGGUUUCUUUGCUAUUAUGUGUGAUGAAGCUAGGAGUUAUAAAGAAGAACAGCUCUCAUUAUGUGUACGAUAUGCUGUAGGAUUGAAUGUUUUUGAAAGAUUUUUGGAUUUCAUAGACGUUUCCAGUGGCCAAAAUGCAACACAAAUUUAUUCAGCUAUAAUGCAUUACUUUGAAGAACAAACUAUAAACAUGGAAAUCGUUCAUAUAAUUGCUCAAUCUUAUGAUGGAGCUAGUGUCAUGUCCGGUCAUCUAAACGGAGUACAAUCUAAAGUGCAAAAGCAAUAUCCAGCAGCCAUAUUUACACACUGUAUGGCGCGUCAACUUAAUUUAGUUGUUGUAGAUUUAUGUAAAUCAAUAAAGGUAAUUAAUUUUAAAAGAAAGUGAGUAUUAAAUAUUGUAAAUGAAAUAUAUUUUUUUUAUAGAGUGCACAAAAGGUAUUCAAUAUAUUAGAAGCAACUUAUGUUCAUUUU